CUGGAUGUUUCCCAGAUGCUGUUCCAGGUGCCAGGAGUGCUGGUAGUUCUGGUGUUGGUGCUGGGAGCCUUCAGCUAUGAUGACGAUGAUGAUGAUUAUCAAGAGUAUGAGGGAUACGAUGAUGAUGAAGAAACAUCAACGACUCCGACAUCUGAAGGGUUCACCAUCAACAGGAUCCGAAGGUAUGGAGCUGAAGACGCUCUCAAGACGCUCAGCCCCGAAGACGUCAGGGAAGUCAGGGGUGCACUCAAACAGUUGUUCUCUGGCAUGACCCUGGAGAAUCCUUUCACUCCACAUGUCACCUCGCAGACCGGUGGGACCAGCACCGUCAGCACCACAUACGACCCGAGCUAUAACUACACCAGCCCCAAAACAUCGACCUACAUGACGGACCUACUCACGGAGAUCAUCAAGAUAACGGACCAUGAACGGGGGGAUGACAAGCAACUGAGAAGAAAGAACUGGACAGAAUUAGAUGACACAAAAUGGACCCCCCCCACCACCACGCAGAACACCACUGCGAUGACACUCAGUGGAGGAGACUCUACUCCUCAAAAUACUAACGCGUCAGUAAGGAAGCAGGAGCUGGACCUACCGCGGCUGCUGGCCAUCAUCUCGGAGCUGGCCAGCGAGUUCGAGUCCAACCUCACGAGGAAGCUGAACGACACGCUGGUCAACAUGACGCUGCCCACCUGCAGCACGCCCACAGCCCUCCCGCGCGUCACCUCGGAGUAUGACGCUAACUACACCGGCAGCGUCAUCGCCAAGUGUUUCGUGUGUGGUCUCUCGACGCCCGCCAUACCACAGAACGCUCACUGCGCCGAUGCCUUCGCGGGGGACUUCCUACCGCUGGUACCGGUGGACCCCACGGCCAAGGGGAAGAUCUCCAGGUUCAAGAAGUACUGCCAGUACUCUAACGUGCCGGGGUAUCAACUCAACGCGAGUCAGCCCCGGGUGAUCCUGGGCCGCUGGACCGGGGGCUGCGCGGUCCGCUGGAUUGACCUGAGCGGAGUUUACACACAGAGAACUUGCAGGAACAGGCUGCAGCCCACCAUGGGGCUACACUUUGGCAGCAAGAGGAUGGCCAAGCUCGAGAGGAGUCUGUGGAACGUGGAGAAUGGUUGUAUAAUAAGUCCGAUGGCGACCCUGGUGCCUCUCUCCCGCGGUAUAUCUCUGUACGCCCGGUUCCACGCGUGUGUGUGUACGGGCAGCUGGUGCAACAUCACUCAUCACCUGCACCUACAACACCUGCAGCACUGGAUCACUAUACUCCUGGUGAUGAUGAGGAUCACGUGA